AUGCCGCGUCACGAACCUGCGCGUUCCGAAACUUUUCUCAGGCCCACAAUCAAAGAAAGGCCACCGAACCUGGACACUGCAGUGGGCGCUGCGGGAGGGCGAAAGACCUGGAAGAUCUGCGAACCCAAAGUAAACAACGAGGGUGGGGCCGGGAGAAGGAUGAAUAGCGAUGCUCCGAAAGGACCCCGCGACGCAAAGCGGGCGGGAAGGACUCCCUCCAACCUAAAAGUCCAAGGAGGAGAGGCCGAAGACUCCGAUGAGGCCCCAGCCACCUCCGCCCUCGUCCCGCGACCCUCGCCGGCUCGGCCUCCCCGCGGGGUCCGCGGGGCCUGGGGCGCUCACGCCGCCCACCCAGGGGACCGCGCAGGGGUGAAGUCCCCGCCGCCCCGCCUGCGCCUUCCAGACCUCGGGCGCCCGGGCGUCGCCUCGGGAGCUCCCCGCGCGGCCGCCACAGCCCGGGCCAGCUCCAGCUCCCCCACACGCGUAGCCGCUAGGCUCGCCGAAGGCCGGUCCCGAGGUUUCCUAGGCCUCGCGCGCGCGCUCUCCGGGACCACCGAGACGUUCCAGGCCGCGCGCUCUCGAGCGCUCCCCGUCACGCGACUGCGCCGCCCCGCCCGUCGGCCUCGCUCCCGCCACGGGGCUCGGAGCGCGCCGCCGCCGCAGCCUCGGUCACGCCGCAGAUGCCCACGCGCGCAUCUUAGCAGCCGACUCGUCACCAGCCUGCUCAGACUAGGUUCUGCCCACUCUGACCUUCUAAAUGUUUCAGCAUCUAGUACACUAUCUGCGAUGGAACAGGUGAGCUGGAAUAUUUGUAGAAUGCAUGGGUGGACUAAAGACCUAUCAUCUCACUGUAGAUCACCCAGCAUGUUGGAGAGCAAAGUCAUGUUCCAGAGGCAGAAUUCAGCAGCCAGAGAAGUUUUAAAAAGUCUGCUGGAGUUUGCUGGAGGUCCACUCCAGACUCUAUUUGCCUUGUUGUCACCAGCAGAGGCUACAAAAGAGCAAAGAUUGCUGCCUGCUCCCUCUGAAAGUUUCACACCAGAGGAGCACCCACCAGAUGCCAGCUGGAGCUCUCCUAAAGCUACUGACCAUCUGCUAUUCCUAACACUUUGGACACUGUGGAGAAAGAAUAAUAGUGCAUUUAUGAUUGUUCCAGGAAACAAGAAGCCAAGAAUUAGACAAAUUGGCUAGGCACAGUGGCUCAUGCCUGCAAUCCCAGCACUUUGGGAGG